CUGAGAUUUCUGCUUCCCCCUCGCAGAUGGUAAUACAGUAUCUCUGUGUGUAUGAGAGAAGUCGACUGGACAUAUCAUACGGCGCUACUGCCAAAGCCGGAUUUACGUGUCUGAACUUGGGCUCAAAGCGUGUUUUCCGAGGAGAAGCGGGAGAGUGUUGUGUUCCUUGCAAAGUAAAGUGAUUUCUCAAUCGGCAGUGGAAGAAAAGUGGAAACUACGGGGCGCUGUAUUAUCUACGGAGUGCUUAGCCGUCUGGGUUGUUUAACGGGGGAUUCGCCGUCGAACGUAUACGGAUUAAUCACAAGUAUACGAUGUUGAGAAUACAAGCCUUGUUUUGCACUUUCUCGGUGCUGUCUCUUUCAGUUGGAGCUGAUCUGAAAGCACGAAGCUGCAGUGAGGUCAGACAAGCGUACACAGCCAAAGGCUUCAGUCUCGCGAAUGUCCCUCACCAGGAAAUCUCAGGAGAACACCUGCGCAUCUGUCCCCAGGGCUAUACUUGCUGCACCUCAGAGAUGGAGGACAGGCUGAGCCAGCAGAGCAAGCUGGAGUUUGAGAAUUUAGUGGAUGAGGCAAGCCACACACUACGGACCACCUUUGUGUCCAGGCACAAAAAGUUUGAUGAAUUCUUCCUGGAGCUGCUGGAGAACACGGAGAAGUCGCUGAACGACAUGUUCGUGCGGACGUACGGGAAGCUGUACAUGCAGAACUCCGGGGUCUUCCAGGACCUCUUCACUGAGCUGAAGCGCUACUACACGGGCGGGAACGUAAACCUGGAGGAGAUGCUCAACGACUUCUGGGCCCGGCUGCUGGAGCGCAUGUUCCAGCUGCUCAACUCCCAGUACCACUUCACCGAUGACUACCUUGAAUGUAUCAGCAAGUACACGGACCAGCUCAAGCCCUUCGGGGACGUGCCCAGGAAGCUGAAGGCUCAGGUGACGCGGGCGUUUAUCGCGGCGCGGACGUUCGUUCAGGGGCUCAUGGUCGGUCGGGAGGUGGCCAAUAGAGUGUCAAAGGUCACCGUGACCCCAUCAUGCAUUCGUGCUGUAACAAAGAUGCUGUACUGCCCAUAUUGCCGAGGCCUGCCAGCAGCAAAGCCCUGUGGAAACUACUGUCUGAACAUCAUGAAAGGCUGCCUUGCCAACCAGGCCGAUCUGGACCCAGAGUGGAACCUCUUCAUCGAUGCCAUGCUACUGGUGGCAGAGAGGCUAGAGGGACCCUUCAACAUUGAGGCAGUAAUGGAGCCCAUCGAUGUCAAGAUCUCGGAAGCCAUUAUGAACAUGCAAGACAACAGUGUACAGGUCUCAGCCAAGGUUUUUCAAGGAUGCGGUCAGCCGAAGCCGUCUGGAAUGGGCCGGACCGCCCGCGGCAUCUCGGACGUGUUCAACGCCCGCUUCCGACCAUACAGCCCGGAGGAACGGCCCACCACAGCGGCGGGCACAAGCCUGGACAGACUGGUGAUCGACAUUAAAGAGAAGCUGAAGCAGUCCAAGAAGUUUUGGUCCACGCUGCCCAACGGCAUAUGCUUGGAGGACAAAGUGACAGCUGGCGAGGCUGAUCAGGAGCAGUGCUGGAACGGUCAUAGUAAGGGCAGGUAUUUUCCAGACGUUCUGAAAGAUGGUUUGACCAACCAGAUGAACAACCCAGAGGUGGAGGUGGACAUCACCCGGCCAGACACGUUCAUCCGCCAGCAGAUAAUGGCUUUGAGAGUGAUGACCAACAAGUUAAAAAACGCCUACAAUGGCAACGAUAUCUACUUCCAAGAUUCCAGUGACGAGGGCAGCGGCUCAGGCAGUGGGAGCGGCUGCACGGAGGCCUGUGUCACCGAGUUUGACUUCGCCAGCACAGAGGCGCCAGUGGUGGGCGCAGACAGGAGCGACGAGCGGCCGUCGUCAGCCACACACAUGCGCUCCUCCCUGGCGUUGGUGGCUACCCUCGUCCUCACAGUCCUGGCACUGCAGAGGCAAUGGAGAUAAUAUUGGGGUGGGGUGCUUGCCUUGAAUAGUAGGCUUUCACUAUGAUGCUCCCAGCCAGACAGAACUCCAACCUUGGUGACUUAAUGAGAGGAACUUGUACAGGAGAGUUCAGCACAGCAACCUUGCUAAGCCCUUUUUCCAAAGAAUGCUUGGUGCCAUCACAAAGCAACUUUCACAUGCCAAACUGCAUUCUCCUUAUUCCAGAACUUUGUGAAGAGGCCGUCCUGGAGAACUUACUGUUCAAGAUGUUUCAAAGGAAAAAAAUAUGUAUUUUUUGUAUUCUACAGCAUAAAAAAUGACAUCAUAAAGAGGCUGAAGCAUUGCUCUGAGGUCUUUCUCAUCCCCUCCAAUCCUGAAACAGCAAGAGAGAAAACUUUCGUACCACUGUGAGAAUGCAUGAAAAGGUCAAAGUCACAACUGAUGAAUGAGCUCUAAUUUCAAAUUUCAAACUUCUUAUCGAGCCAUUAGCCCAGCUUUAAAUAAACACACAAUGCAUUUUUCUUAACCAAUCAAUAAACCAAUUGAUGUAAUCAAAUUUUAUUUGUUAUAGCACAUUUGUACAGUGGAAAUUGAAACACAGCACUGAAUGAAGUGCAUUUUCCAGAAGGAAGGAAAAAAACAGAAAACCUAGGGCCUACUGGGAAAGUUUUUUUCACUGACCCUUGAACAGUGGAAUGGCAUGAAGUGUCUGCUAGUUCAUUUAAGUAAUCAAAUCAAUGUUUUGAGACAAGUAUUACAUUUGUCUAUUUUGGACACAAUAUUUUGCUUUACUUCCACUGACCGCAAAGCUCUUACCGGUUUGAUGUUUCAAAAAAAAAAAAAAAGCUCUUUCUUUAAAGUUAAGGACAAUAUUGAAUCUGGGCCACAUUUAAAAAAAUAAUAUAAAAAAUGACUUUCUCCCUUAAUGAGGGGUAUUUUUCCUUUUCACAAUAACUCUGCAAGUUCAGUAGGCCCCUAAGAGCAGCAUAACAAUGUUACAAAAGGAAUUAUUUCUUCUACAUCAUACUACAUAGACUCUUCCUUUGCUUCUAUUUGC